AUGCCGCGGCAGCAGCGGGGCCGUAGGCAGCAGCCGGCACGCCCCGCGCGCGGGCUGGCGGCGCCUGUGUGCGCCCAGGGCGGCGGCGACGACGUGCUUGUGCGCUUCUCUGUGCAGCGGGAGGUCAAGUUUGGGGAGGCGGUGCGCCUGGUGGGCAGCCACCCCUCGCUGGGGAACUGGAAGGUGCGCAAGGCGCCGAGCAUGGGGUGGCGGGAGGGGCACAUCUGGGUGGCCGAGGUGGCGCUGCCGCCGGGCACCGCCCUCGAGUUCAAGUGCGUGCGCGUGAAGGGCGAGGACGGCGGCGACGGCAGGUGGGAGGACGGCGACAACCGCUCCCUGGUGGUGCCCGCCGGCGGCGCCUCCUCGCUGUCUGUGCUGCUGGAGUGGGGCGGCGAGAUGCACGUGCAGGCGGCCGGCGCCGGCGAGGAGCUGCCCGGCCUGGAGGGCGCCCACCAGCAGCAGCGCGAGCGCGAGUGGGAGCGCAGCCGCAGCGGCAGCGGCAGCGACAGCGACGACUCCUGGGCGCCGCCCUCCUCGGGCGGCAGCGGCUCCAGCUUCGACGACUCCAUGGCCCUGCUGCCGCAGUGGCAGGGCAAGGAGCUGCGCUUCAUGCAGUCAAACGAGCACAGCAGGGACCGGCGGGGCGUGUGGGAUACCGCGGGGCUGGAGGGCCCCGCGCUGCACCUGGUUGCGGGCGACCGCGAUGCCGCCAACUGGCUGGGCAAGCUGGAAGUCGUGAAGAAGCUGCUGGUGGACAACGCCCCCGAGCUGCGCCCCAGCCUGGACGCCCUGGCCCACGCCUACAUCUACAUGCAGUGGCUGGCCACGGGGGCGGUGGAGUGUGUGGAGGGGGGCGGACACCACCGGCCCAACCGCCACGCCGAGCUGGCGCGCUCCAUGUUCAGGUCUCUGGAGUGGGUGAUUGGCGAGCAGGGCCACGUGUCGCCCGCGGUGGCGCUGGCCGGGCGGCGCCUGCAGAGCCGCCUGCCCUCCUUCACCGAGCAGUUCACGCAGAGCGUGCCGCUGACGCGCAUCCGCGACAUUGCGCACAGGAACGACAUCCCGCGGGACCUCAAGGCCGAGAUCAAGCACACGCUGCAGAACAAGCUGCACCGCAACGCGGGUCCCGAGGACCUGCACACCACUGAGGCCAUGCUGGCGCGGGUGACGGCCAACCCCGGCGAGUUCUCCGAGUCCUUUGUGCACGAGUUCCGCGUGUUCACCGCGGAGCUGCGGGACUUCUUCAACGCGGGUAGCCUCACGGACAUGCUGAACGACGUGCGCCCGGGGCUGGACGAGGCCUCUGCCAAGCUGCUGGACCACUUUGGCUGGGUGAAGGGGGAGCUGGAUGCGGCGGGGGAGGGGGCGGACCAGAACAAGCUGAUCGACGUGCUGCACGCCGCCACCUCUGUGCGCGCCCUGCUCAUGUCGGGGCUGUCCAGCGGCCUGCGCAACGACGCGCCCGACCGCGCCAUGGCCAUGCGCCAAAAGUGGCGGCAGUGCGAGGUGCGCGCUGAGGACUACGCAUUUGUGCUGCUGUCCCGCUUCAUCAACAGCCUAGAGUACCAGGUGGGUGUGUGCUGUACUGGUGUGUCAUGUCAACAUGUGUGUGGGUGGGAUGGGUGGGUGGGUGGGCGACACGCAACCGGCAAGGCCACGCCUGAACGAGCUGGAGGCCUGGCAGAAGGCGGGAGGCUUCUCGCAGCGGGACAACGCGCUGAGGCAACACUCCAACAGCGCCCUGCCCCGCUCCCCUCCCCUCCCCACAGGCUCAAGGCCACGCUGCAGCGCCUGCGCCGCCUCACCGAGGCCUACAGUCAGCUCAUGCUGGAUGCCUACUCGGGGCGGGCGGCGGCCAUGGGGCGGGCGCUGGGGCUAGAGGUGGAGCGAUACAUGGUGUUCACCGAGGCCGAGAUCCGCGCCUCCCUCGUCUUCCAGCUCUCCAAACUUUCCUCCCUGCUCAUCAAGGCCACCAACAUCUGCGCGGGCGGCUCCCCCUGGGAUGUGGUGAUGGCGGGCAGCGCAGAGGGCCUGCUGCUGCGCGUGCCGGCGCUGGAGCCCGGCUGCCUAGAUGCGGCGCACGGCCAGGCAAGCAGGGCACAGCGCUGCACAACAGCAGGGGCGCAGGACGCCAUCCUGCUGGUCCAGGGGGCCACAGGGGAUGAGGAGGUGGCGGCGCUGGGGCCCAACCUGCGCGGCAUCAUCCUGCAGCACGACCUGCCCCACCUCUCCCACCUGGGCGUGCGCACGCGGCAGGAGGGCGUGCCCUUUGUGACUUGUGAAGACAAUGAGGCGGUGGCCUGGGCUGCCGAUUCGCUCAUGGGCCAACGCGUGCGGCUGGAGGCCAGCGCCGAUGGCGUGUCCAUUUCCGCCGCCGCCGCCGGCGGGGCCGCCGCCAACGGCAACGGCAGCAGCAGCAAGAACGGCAGCAGCAACGGCAGCGGCGCGGCGGCACGCAGGCCCGCGGCCAGCGCGGGCGCCGUGGAGCGGGUGCGCAGCGUGACGGUGGUGCCGCUGGAGGAGGCCACGGUGGCGACAGCUGGCGCCAAGGCAGCCUCCUGCGGCGAGCUGCUGCGCCUGGCGGCGGCAUGCAGCACCGCCGCCGCCUCGGCCGCCACCGCCGCCAACGGCAGCAGCACCAGCACGGCGAUCAUGUCGGCUCCGGACGGCGUGGUGCUGCCUUUCGGCUGCAUGGAGGCGGCCGCGGCGGCCGACGGCAAGCAGGAGCGGCUGGCGGGCCUGAUUGGCCAGCUGGAGGGCGCCGUGGCGGGGCUGGCGCAGGCCGGCGGCGGCGGCAGCGCCAGCGGGCUGGCCGCGUUGGAUGCCGUGUGCGGCGACAUCCAAGGCCUGUUGGCGGGGCUGACCAUUUCGCAGCAGGCCCUGCAGCGCGUGGCGGGCGCCUUCAAGCCGGGCGCCACCGUCAUCGUGCGCAGCUCGGCCAACGUGGAGGACCUGGCGGGCAUGUCGGGCGCCGGGCUGUAUGACUCCAUCCCCAACGUGGACAGCGGCAACCCCGGCGCGCUGCAGGCGGCGGUGGCGGGCGUGUGGGCUAGCCUGUUCAGCCGCCGCGCGGUGCUGAGCCGGCACGCGGCAGGCGUGCCCCAGGAGGCCUCCUGCAUGGCUGUAGUGGUGCAGCGCCAGCUGGCGCCUGACCUCUGCUUCGUGCUGCACACCCGGCACCCAGUGACGGGCGACGCCGAUGUGCUGUCUGCUGAGCUGGCGCCCGGGCUGGGAGAGACGCUGGCGUCAGGCACCCGUGGCACGCCCUGGCGCAUGGAGGCAGACAAGCGCACCUCCGCCGUCACCACCACCGCCUUUGCCAACUUCUCCAAGGCGCUGCUGCCGCCUGGCGGCCCCGCCGUGGUAACCGCUGCCCGCUGGCUCCUGCCUUGCCCCCCUGCAGUGUCGGAGGAGGUGCGCAAGGGGGUGGGCAUGCGGCUGCUGGCGGUGGCUGCAGCCCUCGAGCACGAGUUUGGCGGGGCACAGGAUGUGGAGGGCUGCUUCGUGGGCAACGACCUCUACGUGGUGCAGACUCGCCCCCAGCCCUGA